CAACCUGCUGCCGAACGAACGCGGCUGUAUGCUAGCUACGCCAUCCGUUGUGCAUACGGAACAUCGUUUUCGUUUCAUUGGUAAAGCCACUGCAAUCGACCCCCAUGCCACUGGCCUCUCUGUGAUUGGCUUUCUAUUUGUGCUGCAAUGACGCUCCUUCAUAUGCUCAGCUAUGUAGGAGCAGUGGCCGCCUUCAUAUUCAUCACAUUAUCGCUCGCGAGUGGUCUGUUAUGGCUCUCUGAACUGAUCGAAGAGCAUUCACGCUUAGCGAAGAUCAUUGGCCAAAGGAGCAUAUAUGUCAUCAUCGUUCUCCACGUUCUGCUGUACCUAUUGGACUCCCUACCACUAUGGCAUCUCUCCUUCUCCAUAUUUUGUCACAUCAUCUACCUGCAAAACUUCACAUCAAGCUGGCCCUUCAUAUCGCUCACGUCGCUUAACUUCAUUGCAUCCUGUGUCCUCGUGGUCGCGGACCACUUUAUGUGGUUCUUCUACUUUUCACGCGUUACCCAGGAUGCCCGUCACAGAACUCGUCGGCCGUACAGCAAUUCAACCCCUGUGCAGAACGUGUCCGGUUUUGCUGACAUCGCAACUUUCUUCGGGAUCUGUGUCUGGCUUGUACCUCUGUUCCUUUUCCUUAGCCUCAGCGCAAAUGACAAUGCGCUACCGAUGAAUGCUGGACAAAGCAGUGUGCCAUUGACGCCUACAGCUCCUGCCAGGCCACCAGCUCCACGAGCUCGUACCUCUCUCUUCAAGUCAAUCUAUGAUUCCCUGCCGCGAAUUCGCCGCACUCGUCGGCAUGAUACCUAUGAAGGAAUAAUAGCGCCGCCUUCCCCAAACAUUCCUCACAGAUCUCCGUCUCCUAUUCGGCCAACAGCUUCGCUACAGCGGGUUCCCUCCAUGAGUGACCUUCCUCCUCUUUCAUCCCCAGGACGGAGGGCUUCCAACGACGGCUAUACUUCUGAAGCCGCAAUUAGCGUGAUGGUUGCGGACUCAUCAGCCCACGAAUCGUCAAAUAUGUUGUCUCCAUUCACGCUCAAACCGCCUCCGAGACGCAUGUCGGGCACAGAGACAUCACUGCGGAGACUGCCCAUGGAAGGGCAGCGCGUGGAAAUGAGAAGAGGAACGUACACAUCUAGUGAAAGGAGUGGGACGCUUUAACUGGGGUUUCGCGAACUACACCUAUGUACUAAGAGUUCCCUGUUAAGUACGUACUAAGCAUAUGCAAAUACAUUCUUCCGGGGCUACCAUCGGUUUGGCUUGACUAUAAUCUUAUGUAUAUAUAUAUCUUAGCACAAAAAAUGGCGG